AUGACGAGGGCUCAGAUGCGGCAGCGGAGGCUGUACAUCACCGGCAUGGACGAGGACGAGGACUUUAGGACAGCCCAGAUCCCGUCGGAAUUCACGGUUGCACCACCGCCAUUCCGUGUAACCACAACGUCAGAUUGCAGCGAGGACGAGGACGAGACGGCGCCAAGAGUGAGGCGCAGGACGCCGAACCGCAUCGGGGCGCUGCCCUUUGAGAGCGACAGCAGCGAGGACGGAAACCCCUUUGCGCCGUACGAGUACGCCUCGUUCGAGGACAUAGCGCCCAUGGGCUACCGGCGGGGAGAGAGCAUGACGCUGGCUGAAGCUGCCGAGGCGUCGCAGCUGGCUACGCAGGAGGCGGUACGAGCGGUGGGAGGGGAGCUGAUGGCGCCUCACGCCAAGUUCAACAUUGAGAAGGACAAGAACAAGUGCACGAUCAAGUUCGACCCGCCCGUAUCAGGCAGGUUCAUACUGUUGAAGAUGUGGAGUCCGCACCACGACCCUACGGGGAAUAUUGAUAUCCAAGGCGUUAUUGCGAAGGGCUUUGCUGGACCACGGUAUUUUCCGUCGGUAGAGCUACGAUGA